AUGGACUGGCCGUCGCCAUGGUCGGAGCUCCCGGCAGAACUCGGCGGCCUCAUCCUGCGCCUGCUGCUGUGCCACAUCGACCGUCUCCGAUUCAGGAGCGUCUGUCGCCAAUGGCGCCUGGCCGAGCGCCAGCAGCGGCGCCACCUGCCGCCGGCGCUGCCCCUCCUCUGGUUAGGCCGCCACACCUUCCUAAGCCCUGCCGGCGGCGAGCUGCGCCGCUUCCGUACGGACGACGUGGACGUGCUGCGCCGCAUGUACCCCAGCAGCCACGGCUCCUUCGACGGCUGGCUCCUGUACCAGCGUUACGGCGAGGGCUCCAAGUGUUUCUUGGUCAACCCUCUAUCCGGCGCCACCAUUGAGAUGCCACUCCGGCUUGACGACGGCGCCAGGAUCAACAUAUUCCCCAUGCGCAAGAUCAUCGUGUGCUCGCCCGACCUCGUAGCCACCAUCCUCCGGGGCAGCUCCGUCGCGUUCUGCCGGCCCGGCGCCCCUUCAUGGUCGGCUUGCCCUUCGGACGAUAACGGAAGAGGGUCGUACGUGGACGUCGCCCUGCACCGUGGGAAGCUCUACGCCCUCAACGACGAGGGCGAGCUCUUCAUUCACGAGGUCAUCGCUGCCGCCGGCGGCGGCACACCGAAGGCGUCGCACAUCGUCGAGCACGUGAUCACGCCGCAGCCUCCCGAGAAGGCAACUCGAGGAGGACCUCUGAUCUUGACGCGGCGCUACCUCGUCGAAUCUUGCGCAGACAAGCUACUCAUGGUGAAGUGGAUGGUUAUUCCUGAUCGCUAUCCUGGCAGCAGGAGGGCCUCGUCUUCCAACGCUGCUGACCGGGUCGAGCUGAAGGUAUUUGAGGCGGAUUUGGAGGGGGGUCGGUGGACGGAGGUGGACAGCUUGGACAAUGGCGAAGCUCUCUUCGUCGGCAGGGGUUGUUCCAAGGCUGUUAGGUUGGCCGGCAGUGACCGGAGAUUUCAGGAGAACUGUGUUUACGUUUUGGGCAAUGAUUUCUUCGGAUAUUGCAAUGAGGUCAUACCAAGCUAUGGUUCCUAUGACCUAGGGAGCGGCGCUGUCAGACACGUUGUCCUGGACAGAAUGCGGCUUGUAUGGCCUGUCUCGGGGAUGGAAUGGUUCUUCCCACAAGAGCAAGCUUAA